AUGCUUGGUCUCUCCACCCUAUACGGUGUAGCUGCUUUGUUAGCAGGUGUAUCUGCCGGCGAUCCAUUCUUCAUCGUUCAACAUGGUACUGCUACUUUCACCACUCGAGUAGAUCCAAUCAUCAACCCCAGGACCAUUUCUACCCAUGUACACCACGUGGUAGGAUCAUCAUCAUUCAAGAAUGAGCAUACGUACGAGAACAAUCGUGAUGGAAAAUGUACCACCGCUAACGUCAUCGAGGACAAGAGUAAUUACUGGGCACCUCAACUGUACCAUAAAUACGAUAAUGGUACUUUUGAGCUGGUCAGAAUGAACAGAGUCAACACAUCCGGCCCAGACGAAGAAGUCCACGAAUUCCCAGAGGAAUUCAAGAUGUUAGCGGGCAGCUCCAAGCGAUCUACUUACGAUGAUAACGAUUACACCAAUAAGGCGAUCAGUUAUACCUGUUUGGAUUAUAGUGGACCUGGUAAACCAGAUACUCACGAGUUCCCCGAAUAUAGUUGUCCUCAAGAUCUACGAGCUAACAUCUUCUUCCCGAACUGCUGGGAUGGCGUGAACAACUGA